AUGCUCAUAUUAACUGAUCCUACAUCGAUGAAACCAUCACGAACGAGAAUGUUCCUUGCAAAAAGAACCACAAGUGAGAGUACAACAAUGGGAUUAACAAUUGGUAUUCCAGUAGGGGUAGCAGUUUUGUUCUUCUCACUGAUAUCAACAAUAAUCAUAUAUAAAAAACAUCAAAAAAGGAAAAAUAACCAUAAUAAAGUACCGACAACUACCGCAUUAUCGAUUGAAAAGCAAACAGUAAUUAAUAAUGAUGAUAUCGAUCUCAAGAUACCAGAUUCAACUCCUCAUUUAAUGAAUAUAUCUCAAUUCGAUAUAGUUCAAUCUCCAACCUCUUCUUCACCGACUUCUUCCUCUUCAUUAAUCCCUUCCAAUUUUAAAUAUAAUCCAUCUUCCAAUGGUACAAUCGCAUCAACCAAGGAAGUUAUCGAGACCGACAAUUCUUUAAAUUUUAAUAAUGAUAGCACUAUAACUGAUGAUUUUGACUUCGUAGAAAAGAACAUCUCCAAUAAAAUUUCGAAAGUUGAAACAAUUACUACUGUUUCAAAAGAUGAUAGUACCAAUAACAAUAUGAUAUCCAACAAAGACGUGCUAUAUACUACUAUUUCUCCAGAAACUAAACCUAAUAAUAAGCAUAAGGAUAAUAUUAAUGGACAUACUGGAUCUGACAAAUUUAACGUGGCUUUUGACCUUUUAGAGGGGAAUGAAAGUAAUAUUUCCAAGCAUUCAACAAAUAAUAUCGGCACUAUUGAUAGUGAGAAGAUUACACCCGAUUUACAUGAAUCUAAGCAUGAUACACAUAUUUACUCAGCCGCGAAGAAUAGCAUAAUGGAAGACAUCGAAUUUGUUAAUGCGGAUGGAGCACUGGAAUCUCUAAAGAAUACUGGACAAAUUGAUAAAAAUACUGACAGUUUCGGACAAAUUGACGAUAAUUCCUCUAAUUUUAUGAUAGAUAAUAACAACAAUAUUAAAACAGACAAAGAAGCCGCUAAUGGUCACCAAAUUCCUAGUGUUGACAAAUUCGAUUUUGAGAAUGCCAUAGAAUUCGAAGCAGCUAGCUCCUCCAACUUAUUACAUGGUCCAAUAUUAGACCUAGUUUCAUUAAAGGACCAUUCACCUGAAGACGAACUUGUCGAAUCUGGGGGCCGUCCAAUAAACGAAACAUGUGAAGAUGCUGAGGAGCAAUUAGUUGAACCAAUAGAGCUUGAAAAAGUAGAAUGCCAACAGGAAGAUAUCCAGUUCCUAGAUGAAGUAAAUCACGAACAGAUAGAUUACGACAGAAGUCAGGAAUCAAUAGAAGACGAAAUAGAAGAAAAGGAAAACGUUAUAAGAAUUGCAAGUAUCUAUGAAUUAUAUUUGGAAGAUUUUAGGAAAUCCUUUUUAUCAACCUCUUCUUCUAUAUCGUCACCUGUUUUGAAUAACCAUACUACUAAAACUGACAUCGACAAUACUGAGGAUACUAUCAAUGAUGAUAACAAAGAAAAUGAUACUAGUACCCUAUUUCCAUUGCAAGAAAGGCUAGAUGCUUCAACUCCAUUAGAAACAACAUUCCUAUCUUCGGCAUCAUCCAAUUCUAAUCCAAAAGGUCGGUUUCUGCCCAUAAUCAACCAAUAUCCAGAACAACAAUAUCUUAUUGAAACCCCUAAAUCUGAAUCAAAUAGUACCUUUACUCAUGCUCAUCCUGAAGUGAAAACUCCCAAAGGUUUAACCCCAUCACCGCCGUCUGCAACGGAUUCUGCGUCAAUUUAUAAUUUGAAAUCAAUAAUAGAUAAAAUGAAUGAUGGUUUAGGAUUUGAAACAUCACCGACCGACACUUCACGUCGAUUACCAAAAUUAAAAGUUCCCAUCAUGUUUAGAAAUAAAGACCCCCACUCAAAACAACGUGAUCCAAAUGAAGAGUUGAAAAUUGACCCAACAGAAGACUUGUUAAAUGAUUAUUCAUUUACAUCUGAAUCUGAUGAACUUCGAAUGAUACAUACAGCUCCACCCAGUACCAACAUCUUGCCAAGAACGAUCAAAGGAACAGCAUUAAUAAAUCAAUGA